AUGGUAAAAGAGGUCGUACCUCAGGAAGACAACACUAGUAAUAUACUUAAAGCUGACUUACUUAAAUAUGGUUAUAUUAACAAACGAUAUAAACUUCGAAAAAACCACGAUGAUGUACGUCCAGCCAAAUGUCAAGAGUAAGAACAAAAAGCGUACUUACCUUAUAUAUUAAUAUUUUUAAAAUUAAAUAACACCUUGUUAAAUUUGAUAUUUUUUAUACUUUAAUUACGCGCUGAAGUGUUUUAUAACUAAGUACCUAAAGUAUAUCACUCUGAUCAUAAGUAUUCAGGUAUUCUAGUAUUUUGAAGAAUUCUUAUCAAUUUAAUUAAAUUUAAUUCUAGUCAAUUUAAUUUUUUUAUUAUUAGAUUAUAAUAGGUUAUCUUGAUAUAACACAAUAUAUAAAAUAAUAAGCAUGUAUAGACUAGGGCUUUUUUAUUUGGGGAAAAGCAAAUUUGGUUAGUUAACUUGAUUAGGUAUAUCAAUAUUUAUUAUAAACCCAUUUAUUACAAAAAAAAAGUUGACAAAAAAUGUUUAAAUUUAAUCAAUUCGUCAUUUUUCAAAGAUGAAUAUUCAAAAACUUUGGGACUGUAAUAACUUGCCCCUUGGGAAUUUAUAAAAUGUGAUUAUUAAAAUAACUACCUAUCAUCUUAUAUUAAUUUUAAUUUUAACUAUAAUAUAGGCGGUGAUUUAAUAAUUAUAGAUGGCUAGCUAUUAAGCUAUUGGAAGAAGAGCGCAAUAACUUAGUGUCCGAUUUAAAUGCAGCUAUGUGCAAAUCAAAAGUAAGAAAAGAUGAUAAGUACAGAAUGAAGUUUGCUAGAACGAUUCGAGAGAUCAAACAAAUCGAUGAUGAGUAUACCGAACAACGAAAAAUCGAGUUGGAAGUGGAUAAAGAGAUAUUUCAACUGGAAGCCGAAAUAAGUGCUCUUGAUAAAAAAAAUAAAAGUUCGAAGAAUAAUGGUCCAAAACUGACUUUUGUAAAUACGUACCUACCGUAGUAAAUGAAGUAGAAAUUUAUUUUAUUUGUUCAUAAAGUUUAUUGACAUAUUAUUAUAAAAGGGUUGUUUUUUUUUUAGAAAACCAAUAAUGAAUACAACAGAUUGUUAGAUGAACAAAAUCAAUUAAAAACCCAAGUGGAAUCAUUAUUAAAACAAAGGGAACGAAUAAAUAAACUUUACAAUAAACUUAUGAAUAAAUUGCACAAAGGGCAGCAAAUAGCAUCUGAUCUUAGCGAACAAGUUGCUAGGACUUACAUACUCAGGUAAAUUUAUAAUAGUAGUUACUUAGCUACUAAAAAGGUAAUAUACAUGUUUUAAAAGAAAUUUAGGAAAAGUGAUUUAAAUUAUAUACAGUGUUCCAUUUAAGUGGGUACACUUAUCAUCUCGAAAAUACUAACCUUUUUUUGAAAUUUGUUUUAUAGAACAUUUAAGAAACAAGCAGCUCAAAAAUUUUAUAUUUUUCUCAUCCUUAUUUUUUGGGGUAAAACCAUUACCAAUUUUGUUUUUUAAAUGGCAACCUAUAUUAACAAUUCCAUAAAUAGAUUAAGUAUUAGUUAAAAUAAAUGUUGGUGUUAAAAUGUUUGAUUUCCGUCAAUCCAUUGACGAGAUGUUUCAUGUUUGGGUCGGAGGAGAGGAGUGGAGCAUUAUUUAUGUGGCUACAUAACGCGCGGCCUUUUGAUAAUGCAUCACUACUCUCCUUAAAAAAUAAGGGUGACAAUAAAUGUAAAGUUGUAGAGCUGCUUGUUUCUUAAAUGUUUUAUAAAACAAAUUCUGAAAAAAGUUAAAACUUUCUGAGAUAAUGACUGUACAGGUUAAAUGGAACGUCCUGUAUAGUGUGUAUACGAGUAGGUACCUAACAAUAUUAUUAUGUGUCUGCUGUCUAUAAUAAUUUUUAUUGAACUAUAAAUAUAGGUACCUGUAAUCUUGAUUGUAGGGUUUCAAUUUUCAUACUUUUAUUUUACUAUCAAUCCAAUAAAGGAUCUUAUUUCUUUUUUAUACAAAUCCUUAUAUUCAUUCUUUAGUGUUAAAUUUAAAUUUCUUGGAACACCGAUCUUCGAAUUUAUGAGCAGAUACAGGUAUACUUAACAAUAUCGAUAGUAAUUUAUUGAAUUAUAUUAGUCAAUAUUUUAUUUUAAUAAUUUUGUUAUUGUACGUAUAUAUUAUUUGAUUCAGAGAUGAUGCUAAAGAACGUUUAGAAAUUUAUUUAAAAACUAGUAAAACACAAAAUCAGAAUCAAGAGAACAAUUUAUUAUUACUUAAACGACAGUUCAAUAACAGUAUACAAAUGACUGAAUAUGUAACAGAAAAAUGCAAGUAACAAAAAAUCUAUAUUUACCUACCUAUAAUAGAAAUAUUCACAUAUUUUAUUUAUUUUAUUCAAAAAGCGAAUUUUAAUAAACCUUAAAAUUGAAAUUGAAUAUAUUUAUUCUUGUUACGAUAUCUUUUUUAAGCCCCCAAAAAUUAAGUUUAAUAAUACCUAUAAUUUUAUUUUUAUAUUUUAUAUUUUAAUUUUAAUUAUUUUCCAUCAGGAUUUAAAUGUCUUAGACCCCUAAAAAAUUCUGGGUGGGUCUUUAUUCUUAAACCCUAAAAUCCACAUUCCAAAUUAAACUAUCAAUAAGUUACUUAAGAAAAGUAUAAUUUUAACAAUUUAUAAGUGUUAGAAAAAAAAUAGCACUAAAUAUUUUGUAUAUAUUUACUUAGUAAAAUCAAGAACAGCAAAAACCACCGAGAAAAAUAUAAACGAACACGAUACUGAAAUGUUGGCUUUAAAUGUUGAAGCAGAAGAAUUCAUCAAACACUUGAUAUACAUCACAGAUGAAAAAAACUUAGAAAAAAUUAUGGAAGAAAUUGUUAAAAUGAAUUUUGAUAAUAGAUCUAUGUUUAAAUUUUUACUGGCAAUAGAAUUGCACGUGAGUAUACUUUUAUUUUUUUAACUCCACCGAUGAAUAGUAUAAUAACAGUGCUUUGCAAAGCAAUAAAAAGUUACAUUAAUAUAGGUAAUAAUAGUUGUGUACAGCAUUUAUGUAACUACAAUACCUACUCGUCUUAUUUUUAAUUUUCGUCCCGGUCCUCGGAUUGGCCUCAGAGGAUUGAAUAAAAUAAUAAUAUUAUUUGUUUCUACCUAGUUGACGGAUAUGGAAAACGCAAUGGAACGAUCGCGGACAACUGUGGCUGAUAAAAAGCGUGCCUUAUCGGACAUGUUAAUAACGAAAAAGAAACAGUUUGAGAACAUGGCCCGUGAGUAUAAGGACGGGUGCACGAGGUCACGAGACGCGCGCAGGACUUUGCGGACGUUAGCCUCUGAAUGGAUCCGGACUUGCCAAGUUGUGGACGAGGUGUGUGACCUUAUGGGAACGGACUGUGGGUGGCCAUUGGCCCAUUUUCAGGUUAAAGACUCUAAUGACGGUAAAGAAGACGAAGGUGGUGGCAGUCACUGCAAUCGAAUACUGCCCGAUCCUCCUAGUUUAAGAACAUACUUUGGGCUCGUAGACGGGCGACUUAAUGAUGUAUUGUAUCGGUUAUUUUACGUCCAAAAUAAUUGCGGUGGUGGCGUCGGUUGUGGUGGCAGUGACGACUGGUCACAGUUGCAACGACAACGGGUCAUGCUGCGUCCGGUCGAAGCCGGAGAAUCAAUGUCUACCGGAUCCGAACAGGAAGACGAUUUUGUGGCCCGAAACCUGGACGGCGACAAAAACAGACAGGCAAAAAUGAUGGCUUCUAUUGAUCCGACCGCCGUACUAGCUGACGACGAAAUGCUUGACGUGGGACAAGUACCAUCAAUUUGCCCAGAGUGAGUGGUUUUUUAAUCCUAUUUAAAAAAUUAAUAAUAAUAAACAGGACAUAGACAGAAAUUUUAGAGUUCUUGUUGAACAAAUGAGAACAAUGGCAUAAAACAUAAGAUUAGAUAUGUCUUUAACUGACCUUACUUGCGUCGCACAAAGGCGAACAGGAAGAACAUAAUUGUAUAAAUAUUAACUUGUUGUAAGUGAGAAGUUGGGAAGGUAGAGAUGAAAUUUGAUGUAUUACUGUACGUAACCAUUGUUAACGAAAAAGCGAUUCUGAGCGGAGUUCUGUUAAUAGUGUUGCUUUGUCAAUAAUAUAUAUGUUAUAUUAUGGCAAAAUAAUUACAUAAGCAUUAUAUAUUUUUUUUUAAUAACAUUUUUUUAAUACUGCAUUUAUUUAACCAUGUUUUUAUCGGUUUUUCGAUUCAUUAGAAAAACUCUUGGGAAAAUAAAAAAAUAAACAUCAUUGUAAUUCCUCGCCCCUCUCAAAAUCUAAUAUACAAUUAUUGCAAUAUAGGCCAGUAAAUAACUAAUAAAAAUUUAUGUAUAUUUUACAUGUAUUUAAUUGUAUGUUUCUAUGUACCUGCUAUGUGCAGAUGUUUAGAAAAACGAUUCGAAGAAGACAAACACGAAGGAAUAGUAAAAGACGGCAGCGGACCUGUUUUCGAAGAUGAAGACGGACUGUCGAUCAAGGGUAUGUGCCACAGUAAAAAUAUCAAUCUCAAAAAUAUCAGCAACGAUGCUUUAAAAAUGUUCUUUCACCGCACCGUGGAUUGCCCACUGAAAUUUGCCAACAAUUCUCAUAAAAAAAUGCGCGGUAACAAACACAAUCUGUGAUGUGAAUGUCCACGAAUAAGCAAUUAGACAUUAUUUGCACAAUAGUAUAUAAUAA